UAACUCAACCAAAGUUGUAGAUCAUCAGCAUGUACUCUGGUUAGAGUGAAAGCGAAAUAGCCAAUCCGGAGAUUCUACGGCGGAAGACGCCAAUUUCCUCUCCGUCUUCGGCGGUUCUAUAAAUGAUUCUCUGAUUCUCUCCGGCGACCAUCUCUCUGCGCUUCUUCACUCUCAGAAGCGUGAUAGAGAGAUUUCGCAUUGUAACUCGGCAUUUCUCUGAGUUAAUUUCAUCUAAAGAACCUCAUUUUUCUUAGGGGUGCUUAGUGAAGAUCUCAACAUCAUUUUGUGGUUUUGAGCUUGUGCUACUAGCUUGAAGGCCUCAUCUACCACUAAAUCAUAGUCCACCAGAACAUAAGGAUGGCUGGUGAUGAUUGUGGUGUUGAAGUUGAUAACAUUGACUGGGACACUGAAGAUGAGCUAGAAAUUGAGAAUAUACCUUUAGCCUCUCAUACGAGUUUGACAUUUCCUGGUGUAGAGGCAAAUAUGGCAAGCUCAUCUGCAGGUCCAUCCAACACUAAGAUAGUUGAUCAUUUUAUUGGAAUGGGAUUUUCUGCAAAAAUGGUUGCCAAAGCUAUUCGGGAAAAUGGAGAGGAGAAUACCGAUUCUAUACUUGAGACUCUACUCACAUUGUCGGCUCUUGAGAACUCUCCUCCAAAGCAGCAGCAUGUUGAUACCGAUGACUCCUUUUCGGAUUAUGAAGGAAGUUUUCUGGAUGAUUUUACUGAUCUAGACAGUGAUUCUGAAAAUGAGGCGACUGCAAAACCUGUAUCUGAUGUUGACAACAAAAUGAUGUUCUUGGUGGACAUGGGGUAUUCUGAAGAUGAGGCUUAUGCAGCAAUAGAGAGAUGUGGCGUGCAUUCCUCAAUUGCAGAGCUGACAGAUUUUAUAUCUGCUGCUCAAAUUUCGAAGGCUGCAGAUGUUCUUCUUGGAGAUCUUCCGGAUAGGCCAAAACCGAAGAAUCUCAAUGGCUGUAGUAAGCUCAAUAAGAGAAGGCAUUAUGAUUAUGAGGCAUGGAAAAAGAAGAAACCGAGGUGCUUUGAUGACGACGAGGAGACAAUUCGUUUGCCAAACCCAAUGAUUGGGUUUGGGGUUCCAAAUGAACUGUGCCCUACAGUUCACAGAAAAAUUCCAGAGGCGGCCAUGGGACCUCCCUACUUUUACUAUGAAAACGUGGCCCUCGCUCCAAAAGGAGUAUGGAAUACGAUUUCCCGGUUCUUAUACGAUGUUGAACCGGAAUUUGUUGAUUCCAAAUAUUUCUGUGCUGCUGCAAGAAAAAGAGGUUAUGUUCAUAAUCUCCCAAUACACAACAGAUAUCCUCUUCUUCCUUUGCCUCCCCACACUAUACAUGAAGCAUUACCUUUAACAAGGAAGUGGUGGCCUUCUUGGGAUACUAGAACGCAAUUAAAUUGUUUACAGACUUGCAUUGGAAGUGCUCGACUGACCGAUAGGAUUCGCAAAGCUCUUGAAGAUUAUGAUGGCGAACGCACUCCGCCAUUACAUGUGCAAAAAUUUAUUAUAGAUCAAUGUCGAAAAUGGAAUUUGGUUUGGGUUGGAAAAAAUAAGGUCGCCCCGCUCGAGCCUGAUGAAGUAGAAAUGCUUCUGGGAUUCCCUAAGAACCAUACUAGAGGAGGUGGAAUCAGUAGGACAGACAGAUACAAGUCUCUUGGUAAUUCAUUUCAGGUCGACACCGUGGCAUACCACCUUUCGGUCUUGAAGGACAUGUUCCCAGGAGGAAUCAAUCUUCUCUCUCUCUUUUCUGGUAUCGGAGGUGCAGAAGUGGCACUUCAUCGCCUAGGUAUCCCUCUUAAAAAUGUAGUAUCUGUUGAUAUUUCAGAAGUGAACCGAAACAUUGUGCGAAGUUGGUGGGAGCAAACAAACCAGAAAGGGACUCUGAUUGAUCUUGCUGAUGUGCAAGAGCUAGAUGCAGAUAGGUUACAAUACUACAUGAACUUAUUUGGAGGUUUCGAUCUCGUAGUCGGAGGGAGCCCUUGUAAUAACCUUACGGGUAGCAAUAGGUACACUCGAGACGGACUAGAGGGAAAAGAGUCCAUCUUGUUUUAUGACUACUUUAGAAUCUUAGACUUGGUCAAGUGUAUAGCCACCAAAACUGAAUGAUGAUUUGAUUGUAAAGCAAGUCAAGCCCCAUCUUUCUGCAGUAAAAAACAUGUUAUUCUAUAGAACAAAAGUAACCUUUUAAUUUGUCAAUAAUCAACUGUUGGAAGAUGAGGCUUUAAUUCUAUCAUUAUUUGGCCCUUUCAGGCCUGUGUUGUUUAGUCUCUGUUGUACACUAUGUUUCAAUCAUUAGAUGAAUCAACAAAACUGCCCAAGUGGAGCAGUAAAGAAGUUUAUAUUUUGCUUU